UAAAUAAUUCUGGGUGUUUAAAUACUUCUUCUCCCCUCCACCCUCUCCAUAUUCUCCCCCUAUCGCUUCUUCGACACCACACACAACUUUGUUUUGACGGCGAACUUCUUUCCUUUCCAUCGACUACAACCUCGAGCCGAGCUCAGCUCUACAGCCCUUCAUCAUGGCAAACUGGCAACAGUACAAUCCCUUUGGUAAGAGGGAAUCCCACUCUAGUAGUGCGAUCCUCACCUACAAGAUUCUUACUCUCGUCACCUGGAUCUUGUCCCUCGUCGUCACUGUCUACUACACCCUCAACCGUCCCGAUGAUGGGCACACGAGAAAUAGAAAGAUCUGGGAGCAGAACCACAUGUAUCGCACUGCCUUUACGCUGAACCCAAUCAUCACAUCCAUCUACUGGAUCGUUCUCUUCAUUCUCCAGGCUGGUUACAUUGGUCACCUAUUCUCGAGCAACUCGGACAUUGUUCACGCUGCUGCCAGCGUUGGAAGCCACUUCAUCUUCAACAACCUCUUCCACUUCGCUUUUGUCAUGCUGUUUGUCCGCUCUCACUUCCACUGGGCUGAGGUCAUUCUCGUUCUCAACUUCAUCAACCUCUCCUCGCUCUACUUCCGCCACAACACGUAUCCCCGAUUCAUUCAUACUCCUGUGGUGUCCGGACCUUUGGCUUGGACUUUUGUCGCAAUUUACUGGAAUGGUGCUCUGAUGGUUCCCCACCCCGACCACCUCGUUGCUCGCAUCUUUGGGAACAUCUUCAUCUGGUCCAUUCUUGUUUAUGGACUUUUCUUCAUCACCAUCUACAAGGAUUACACCAUGGGCUUCUCACUGAGCGUCUUUGCUGCUGCAAUUGGAGUUUCUCAGUUCCUUCACCAGGUGAUUGCUUUCCAGUGGAUCUUUGCCUUUGUCAUCAUGGCUCUGCUUUUCAUCGCCACUGUCGUUGUCGCUGUUCCUGCCGCGACUGGCCGCGAGAUCAACUGGCGCACUGCCCCUGCUGACCAGGAGCGUGCCCCUCUCCUCGCAGAGAAUUAAAAACAUCAAGCCAUGGAGAGACAUUACCGGGGGAGCGGCGGUGCCUUUCUCUGCUUGUCCAACUUUGCACCAUUUCCCCAACAUCGCGUCGCUAUUUCUGCAACUCAAGUCGCCUGCGGUCACUGUUUGUAUUUCUUAGCCGGCCUGUUGCAUGCAUGAUUCCAUAAGCCUUGUCGAAUACAGAGUAAUGAGAUAAUAUGACGUUGAGGAUUUAUCGACAAUCGUCAAACCCUGCAACAUGCGCACGUUUGUUACAGGUUGUAUGUUACCCAAAUUUAGGUAGUAAUUGGAGCUUCUUCUCAUACAAUACGAAACAUGGUUACAAAUGAUCAA